AUGCCGGAUACACCUCCUUUCAGAUCCAAUUCCGGCAGAAAAUCCGUCGACCGACCCAAUUUCACGACGAGAACUAGAACCAACCACAGCACAGGUGGUGAAGAGAACAGAAAUCCAUCAUCAACAAAAAUUCCAAUUCCAGGAAUCAGUAAGAAGCCUCAAGAGAAACUCAUUAGUAGUUCCGUACCGAACUUGCAGCGGCACCGGAAUCCCAACGUCUUCAAAACCAACGAGAAGUUGAAGACGAAGAAGACGGGAUCAGUUACUCCUUCGGCUUGGGCAUUGUCUCCUGGUAGGACAUCUUCCAACGUCAUCAAAGCCAUCGAUAAGUUGAAGACGAAGCAGACGGCAUCGGUUACUCCCUCGGCUUGGGCAUUGUCUUCUGGUAGGACAUCUUCUAUCUUUCCGGUUUCGAAAUCGCCGGCUAAUUCCUGUAGAACGACGCAGAGAACUAGAAGUGUCAGCAGCGUUUUGUAUCGUUCCCGGCAGAAUAAGGUUUCAUCGGUUCAAGAUGAAGCUUUACAUCAGUUACGUGUAAUGCAUACGAGGUUAUUGCAAUGGAGAUUUGUGAAUGCUAGAUCUGAAUCCAUUUUAGCUGCUAAGAAGAAUUUGGCAGAGAAGAAAAUAUUAAAGGUCUGGUCAAGGAUCAUUCAUCUCCGGAAUUCAAUUUUAGAAAAGCGGCUUCAGAUUCAAAAACUCAAAAAUGAUAUUAAGAUUAUUAGAAUUAUUAACCCUCAAAUUCGCAUCCUUAAUCAAUGGGAAGAGAUUGAGAAGAAAAAUUCAGAAGCAGUUGCAAGAAUUGGGAGAAAAUUGUUGGCAUCGGUAACUGGAAUUCCAUUGACAGACGCUGCCAAGGCUGAUACAGAUUCAGUACAGAAUGCAAUGCUCACAGCUAUGGGUGUCAUGGAUAGUAUUGAAGCAACGAUUACCAAAUUCAUCUCGCAGGUUCAGGAAAUAGAUUCAUUAGCUUAUGAGCUUGUCAAUACUGAAGAACAAGCGAGAAAAGGAUUAGAGGAAUUGAGGAAGGAAAUAGCCAUUGUUGCAUCACUUGAGGUAGGUCUUAAUGUAACAGUCACAGGAGAAAAGCCUUGGGGCACCAUGUCAUUCAAGCAGCAAAGGAGAGAAAAGAAAAAAUUAUUUGUGAUCUUAUGCUUGGUACAGGAAGGUUAA